CUGUCAAAAAAUUCAAUCAAAGGUUUUUCACUUGUGUGCAACGUAAAAUAAUUUACACAUUUUUCAUAAAUCUACAAUUAAAUAUUAUUGAUAACUUAAUUUAAAAGCGUUUAAGCACGGAAUAAUUUAGAAGUCACUUGCAUAAAAUUAAUAUUCUAUUUUAAAAUGGGUUCCGAAGACCGUGAUAGGCGCCGCCAUAGAUCGCGUUCAAGAGAUCGCGAACGCGAGCGAGAUUAUCGUCGUUCGCGUUCCCGCGAUCGUAAACGCGAAGCUGGUGGUGGUGGUGGACGUGACCGGCACACCCGUUCCCGACGAAGAAAACCAUCAUUGUAUUGGGAUGUACCGCCACCUGGUUUUGAGCACAUUACACCGAUGCAAUAUAAAGCUAUGCAAGCAGCGGGCCAGAUACCGGCAAACGCAGUACCCGAAAUUCCACAAGCCGCUGUGCCAGUAGUGGGCUCAACUAUAACACGACAGGCGCGACGACUUUACGUUGGCAAUAUACCAUUUGGUGUUACAGAAGAUGAGAUGAUGGAGUUCUUUAACCAACAAAUGCACUUAACGGGUCUGGCGCAAGCAGCUGGAAGUCCCGUAUUGGCGUGCCAGAUAAACUUGGAUAAGAAUUUCGCUUUCUUAGAAUUUCGUUCAACAGAUGAAACUACACAGGCAAUGGCAUUCGAUGGCAUAAACUUUAAGGGGCAGAGUUUGAAGAUAAGACGUCCUCAUGAUUACCAACCCAUGCCCGGUGUAGCUGAUGCGCCACCUUUAACGGCCCCAGUUGCCAAUGGUGUUAUUUCCACUGUUGUGCCAGAUUCUCCGCACAAAAUAUUCAUUGGUGGCUUGCCAAAUUAUUUGAAUGAAGAGCAGGUUAAAGAGUUAUUGCUCUCAUUUGGACAAUUGCGUGCUUUUAACUUGGUAAAGGAUGCCGCCACUGGCUUGAGCAAAGGUUACGCAUUCUCCGAAUAUGUUGACCACAGCAUAACAGAUCAGGCUAUUGCUGGUCUAAAUGGCAUGCAAUUGGGCGAUAAGAAGUUGAUAGUGCAAAGAGCUAGUGUAGGUGCUAAGAAUGCACAAAGUAAUUCCACCACAGCUGCGCCGGUGAUGAUACAAGUGCCUGGCCUUUCUAUGGUCGGCACCUCGGGUCCACCCACCGAAGUUCUUUGCUUGUUGAAUAUGGUCACACCCGAUGAGUUGCGCGACGAAGAAGAAUAUGAAGAUAUUUUGGAGGAUAUCAAAGAGGAGUGUAAUAAAUAUGGAGUUGUGCGCAGUGUCGAGAUACCACGACCCAUCGAGGGCGUUGAUGUGCCCGGUUGUGGUAAAGUAUUUGUCGAAUUCAAUUCGGUUAUGGAUUGUCAAAAGGCACAGCAAGCGCUAACCGGACGUAAAUUCAGUGAUCGCGUUGUAGUGACUUCCUACUUUGAUCCGGACAAAUAUCAUCGACGCGAAUUUUAAAAUGAUUUGUGGUAUGUCAAACCACUUCAACGUAUUUCCGAUUAUAUUAUCAUGAAUCUAGUUUCUAAAAAUGCCAUAAGGUUUGGACUCUCGUCACCGCACACACUCGUGAUCACAAUUAUUUGGCUUUGACGCAUCUUGUUUUAAAUUACAUUUACUUAAAGUAAACGUUGUAAUAAGAAAUUUAAAUACUAAACUUUUACUAUUACGCCUCUACAUUUUCAAAUACGACGAGUUGGCGUGUCAAAUGUAUCAAGAUUCAAAAUGGCGGGAUUUAAUAAAGACGAGAAUUUUGGCAAUUCGUAUCCACCUACAUCAACAAA